GCUCCUCGGGCACGGCUUUCAGUAAGCCUUUGGCGCUGGCGCGGGGAAGUACCGCUUGGAGCAAGUAUUUGGGCUUUUCCUCUGUAAUGCUGGUGCACGACGCCCGUGUUAAUGGCGACUGAGAUGGUCUGGGAUAUGGACAGCUGAAGGAUUUGUUGGUUCUAAAAAUCACUUAGGAUUGUGAUGGUUCUUGGGUUUGCAGAUGUCCCUGAAAUUACCUUUUAUCAAGUGGCAAUUUUAUGCAAUGGCAUCAAGCCACAGUUCUUCACCAGUGCCUCAGUCAAACAGCAGUGAUGCUUUCUUUAAAAAGGAAAUGGAUGCUAUGAAACGCUUUCGACCUGUGCAGUCACUGCCUGAUGUGUGUCCCAAGGAACCUACAGGUGAUCCCAUUAGCUUAUGUGACAGCCCAUCUCUAGUUGUGGAUCAGCACAGAUGGACUAUUUAUCAUUCCAAAGUCAAUCUCCCAGCAGCACUAAAUGAUCCUAGGUUAGCAAAAAGGGAAUCUGAUUUCUUUACAAAAACAUGGGGAGUGGACUUUGUGGACACUGAAGUCACGCCUUCAUUCUACCUCCCACAGAUCACCAAGGAACAUUUUGCAUUAUACCAACAGGAAAUCACUCCGAGAGAGAAGGUUCAUGAAAGAUGCAAGAAUAUUUGUAGUCCUAAAGAUACCUUCGACAGGACUCUAUUACACACCCAUGAUAAAUCCAGGACAGAUCUGGAACAAGUACCUAAGAUUUUUAUGAAACCAGAUUUUGCCUUGGAAGAUUCCUUAACAUUUAAUGCCGUUUUACCAUGGUCUCAUUUUAGUACUGCUGGUGGAAAAGGAAAUCGUGAUGCAGCUUCCUCCAAGUUACUUCAAGAAAAGCUGAGCCAUUAUCUGGACAUUGUGGAAGUCAAUAUUGCUCACCAGAUUUCUCUGCGCUCUGAAGCGUUUUUUCAUGCAAUGACCUCUCAGCAUGAGUUGCAGGACUACCUCAGGAAAACCUCCCAGGCUGUAAAAUUACUUAGAGAGAAAAUCUCUAAAAUUGAUAAAGUAAUGUGUGAAGGAUCGCUUCGAGUUUUAAGACUGUCACUCACCAGAAAUAACUGUAUAAAAGCAUACAAUAAACUGAAAUUAAUGGCUACUGUACACCAAACACAGCCCACAGUACAGUUGCUGCUAUCCACUUCUGAGUUUGUUGGAGCUUUGGACUUAAUAGCCACCACACAGGAGGUGUUACAGCAAGAGCUUCAAGGCAUUCACAGUUUCCGGCAUCUUGGCUCACAGCUUUGUGAACUGGAAAAGCUGAUAGAUAAAAUGAUGAUUGCAGAGUUUUCAACGUAUGCUCGCAAUGAUUUAAAUAGACCCCUAGAAGAUGAUUGCCAAAUUCUAGAAGAGGAAAGACUUGUAUCACUUGUAUUUGGACUCUUAAAACAAAGAAAGCUAAAUUUUUAUGAAAUAUAUGGAGAUGAAAUGAUUAUUACUGCAAAGAACAUAAUUAAACAGUGUGUGGUUAAUACGGUAUCGCAGAUAGAAGAAAUAGAUACAGAAGUGGUUGUUAAGCUUGCAGACCAGAUGAGGAUGAUGAAUUUUCCUCAGUGGUUUGAUUUACUGAAGAAUAUUUUUUCUAAGUUUACCAUCUUCCUCAAGAGAAUAAAGGCAACGUUAAAUACUAUCCGUAGCGUGGUUUUCUUGGUUCUAGACAAGAACCAAAAAACCAGAGACCUGGAGGACACCUUACAAAAGAACUCGGCUAAAGACAAUACAGUGGAUAUAGAAGUAGCUUACCUGACCCAUGAAGGCAUGUUUAUAAGCGAUGCGUUCAGUGAAGGGGACCUCCUGCCUGUAGCAGCUGACACUACCUCUCAAAGAAACACUUCCCCAAACAGUGAGCCCUGUAGCAGUGAUUCAGUCUCUGAACCAGAGUGCACUACCGAUUCCUCAUCCAGCAAAGAGCAAACAUCGUCUUCUGUUACUCCAGGGGGAGUAGAGAUGAUGAUCAGUGAUGACAUGAAGCUGACUGACCUGGAACUGGUCAGGCUGGCAAACAAUAUUCAAGAGUUACUUUACAAUGCCUCUGAUAUCUGCCAUGAUCGUUCAGUCAAGUUCCUUAUGGCAAGAGCAAAGGAUGGCUUCCUGGAGAAGCUGAAUUCCAAUGAAUUCGUUGCUCUUUCUCGCUUGAUGGAAGGCUUUAUCUUAGAUACUGAGCAGAUCUGUGGCAGGAAAAGUAUGUCCUUGCGAGGAGCACUUCAGAGUCAAGCCAAUAGAUUUGUGAAUAGAUUUCAUGAGGAGAGGAAGACGAAACUAAGUCUACUUUUGGACAACGAGCGCUGGAAGCAAGCUGAAGUUCCUGCCGAGUUUCAGGAUCUUGUUGAUUCAGUGUCAGAUGGCAGAAUCUCUCUCCCUGAAAAAAAACCUGCAGCUACUGAAGAAAGAAAGCCAGCUGAAUUCCUUAUUGUUGAAGGACAAAAAUAUGCAACAGUUGGGACAGUAUUGCUGUUAAUAAGAAUAAUCCUUGAGUACUGCCAGUGUGUGGAUAACAUUCCUUCCAUCACGACUGAUAUGCUUACCCGCCUGUCUGAUUUACUGAAGUAUUUCAACUCUAGAAGUUGCCAACUAGUGCUUGGAGCUGGUGCAUUACAAGUUGUUGGUUUGAAAACAAUCACUACAAAAAACCUAGCCCUUUCUUCACGUUGCCUACAGCUAAUCGUACACUACAUUCCUAUUAUCAGGGCUCAUUUUGAAGCUCGACUGCAGCCGAAGCAGUUUAGCAUGCUCAGGCAUUUUGACCACAUUACGAAGGAUUAUCACGACCACAUAGCUGAAAUUUCAGCAAAGCUCGUUGCCAUAAUGGAUAGCUUAUUUGACAAACUAUUAUCCAAGUAUGAAGUGAAAGCUCCUGUUCCUUCCACAUGCUUCAGGAAUAUCUGCAAGCAAAUGGCAAAGAUGCAUGAAGCUAUAUAUGAUCUCCUUCCUGAGGAGCAAACUCAGAUGUUGUUUUUACGAAUUAACGCAAGCUACAAACUUCACCUGAAGAGGCAGCUGGCCCACCUAAACGUCGUCAAUGAUGGAGGACCUCUGAAUGGCCUGGUUACUUCAGAUGUAGCUUUUUACACUGGAAACCUUCAAGCUCUGAAAGGCCUUAACAACUUAGACCUGAACAUGGCGGAAAUUUGGGAGCAGAAGAGGUGAUAAUCCACCGGGAGCAGUCACUUGGCUCUGUCAACAGACCGACUUUCUUCUAAGCAGCGCGAUGACUGUGAGGUGAAUACUUAAGUCUGAGAAAGGACACUAUUGCUAGUGGGGGAAGCUAGGCUCAGAGUGAGCUGCAGGGAGUGAUCUUUUCAGUGUCCUUCAGCAAGAAACAAGUGAGCAGCUGCCUGUGCAAUGUUUUUUUCAUUCUCUCUGGAAACAGACUCAGGUUUCUUUGGACCAAAUCCAAAAGAACACAUAGCUGUAACACAGCUGUAGUUGUCUAGAAUGCUCUGUAUAUCUUUAUAUUAAAAAGAUGCUUUGCAUUUCUUCUAGUGCAAUGAAAUCCACAUGGUGUCCCACCUUAUUUAACGAUGGUACAGUAUAAAAAUCUUGCAGUUGGAACUCUGUAGAAAAUGUUUUUCUCUAUGAACAAUGCUGUUCUAAAAUUUAUUUUUUUACAGAACUUUAUAUGAAUAAAUGUCUUUUGAUUGCUUGCAUAUAGGAUUCAGAUUUGUUAGGGAGCAGUCCCGUUUCAUCUGGGCUCUAAACUGCCACCUGAAGAUAGGAUUUUCUAAGAAACUGUUCGCUGAAGCCAUCACCUACUGCAUAGAGUUGGGAAAGGAGCAGCUUCUGGCGGAACAAGAAGGUAGUGAAAAGGCUGGUGUGGGGUUAGCUUCCUGCAGCCACAAGCCUUGAGCAGGGCAAGGACAGGGGCUGCUUCUGGACCUUUCACCCUUUUAAAGAAAGACACAAAGUGUAUAAAGACAGAGGAGGCCACAGAAAACAGUGCAGGAAGAAUCUUAAUCAUUUUUAGGCUGCUUUUAAAAGGUUGCCCUAUUAAGGAAGGUGUAACUGCAAUUAAUUUAUUUCAGAGGUUUUAAUACUACCUUUUAAGACUGGAUGCUGCCAGUACUCCUAAAUAAAAGUGCCUGUGUAUCUCACCUCACACCUCACCCUGUGCCGCUGAUGUACGGUGGAAUGGUCUCCAGUGUGUGUGCCUAUGUUUUUUUUCAGACAGGCAUGCUGAUCUGUUAGCAUAACAGAUGUCACUCAGUGUCAGUCAAAAUAAAGCUAUCCAAUCACAGUUGUUUUUAAAGACCAACUUCUUUAAUGAUACAUACCAGUGUUAUACUAAGCUUAUAAAAUAAAGUCUGCAUGUAAAUACAAGAGAAACAUUAAGAAAUCAAUAGUGAUCGGGACAGGGAGUUCAAUUCCUGUACAAAUUUAGAAAUGACUCACUCAGAGAAGAUAAAUUAACAUACAUGGCUGUGACAAUAUGAACAUGGGUGUAGUCAACGUGAUCCAUUGCUUGAAGAAAGAGGGCAGAUCAAGGAUUAAGAUAUUAACAGGAGAUCCAGUCUUAAAUGGGAUGUGAAAAAGCAAACACCACACGUGGAUACUGAGGCAUUUUUCUCAAGUAUUCGAUUCUUUGGGUGAGUUUGGAACACCAACGCUUCCUGCUCUCACAAUACAGAAAUGGAGGUACUGACAGCCUUACCCCAGUCUCUCGCCAUACAAACGGGGACGGGACAUCCCGCUUGUCAUCUGGGGGCUUAGAGGCCUAGAGGUUGGGAUGUUCAUGAGCACAUGAAAUACAGGGUUUUAAGAGCCUGUUUAGCAGUAGUGAAACUUUUGGUUUUUAAUUGUGCCUGCACUUCAUAAAAAGUCACAUGAGUAGCUAACUAUGUUGUCCCACAUGUAUUGCUUCACAGCUUUAUUUCUGCAGUUACAAGCAAUU